AUGGGUGUGAAGCAAGCUCUAAGGAGCAUCGAUGUUCCAAGAGCAGAGGAUCAUUUGCUGCAGAAGACGCAAACUGGUGCUCUUGUAUCUAUUGUUGGACUUGUUAUAAUGGCUACCUUGUUCUUGCACGAGCUGAGUUACUAUCUUAACACACUUACAGUGCACCAGAUGUCAGUGGACUUAAAGCGUGGGGAAACUCUUCCUAUUCAUGUAAAUAUGACGUUUCCAUCUUUGCCUUGUGAUGUAUUGAGCAUGGAUGCUAUCGACAUGUCAGGGAAGCACGAAGUGGAUCUCGAUACAAAUAUUUGGAAACUCCGUCUCAACAGUCAUGGUCAUAUCAUUGGCACAGAAUAUAUAUCUGAUCUUGUUGAAAAGGAGCAUGACCACUCUUCUCACAAGCAUGAUGGCAAAGAAGAACACAAGAAUGAGACGGAAGCAUUGAAUACUCUGGGGUUUGAUGAAGCUGCUGAAACGAUGAUUAAAAAGGUGAAGCAAGCAUUAGCUGAUGGAGAAGGAUGUCGGGUCUAUGGUGUCCUAGAUGUACAACGGGUUGCUGGAAACUUCCACGUUUCAGUUCACGGGCUGAACAUCUAUGUUGCUCAAAUGAUAUUUGGGGGGUCCAAAAACGUAAACGUGAGCCAUAUGAUUCAUGAUCUAUCCUUUGGGCCAAAAUACCCAGGAAUUCACAAUCCACUUGAUGACACAAACCGAAUCCUGCGUGACACCAGUGGAACCUUCAAAUACUAUAUUAAGAUUGUUCCGACGGAAUAUAGAUAUCUUUCAAAAGAAGUUCUGUCCACAAAUCAGUACUCUGUUACUGAAUAUUACACACCAAUGAACGAAUUCGACAGGACAUGGCCAGCUGUCUACUUCUUAUAUGAUCUUUCACCGAUCACUGUGACAAUCAAGGAAGAACGCCGUAGUUUUCUCCACUUGAUCACCCGGCUUUGCGCUGUAUUAGGGGGUACCUUUGCUUUGACAGGAAUGCUAGAUCGUUGGAUGUUCCGCUUGAUUGAAUCUUUCACAAAGAAGCCGAGUACCAGAAGCUUACACAAGUGAAACAGAGAGUAAAAAUAGAGUAAGGAAGAAGAUGCUCAAAACUUGUUAUCUACCUUCUGAGACGACACCCACCAGAGAGUACAAGAAGCUCCAGGGGAUUGAUACGUUUGCUAGAUCAAUACUCAGAACACUAGAAAUCAUUGGUGUAGGCUUUGCAUGUUCUCUGUCUUUUUGAGUGUUCUCUCUUAUGUAUCAUUAUUCUUGGCUCUCUGUGCUGAUCUAGUAGAAUAUGUAAAUUUAUACAUUUUGCAUCUUUUACUGAGAAAAAAGAAAUUUCUAAACCUUUUUUACUUUGA